AUGAACUUACGCAUACCAAUCGGGUUUAUAACCAUGAUAUUCGCCGUGCUUAUGUCAGCCUUUGUAGUCUUUGACUUAACGAGGCACAUGGGAAAAACCAAUGACGGUAUAAUAGAAGCAUUGCUCGAUACAAGGGGAUAUCCAGGGCGCCAAAAUCCCAUGCCAUCCGUAAGCGAUGAGUCAAAUACAACACAAAUCACAAACAUGAGGGGAGAUCCAGGGCGCAAAAAUCCCAUGCCAUCCGUAAGCGAUGAGUCAAAUACAACACAAAUCACAUGCAGGAGGGGAGAUCCAGAGCGCAAAAACUACUGCAUGUCAUUCGUAAACGAAGAGCCUGGAACCUACCUCAUAUAUAAGCAUGCCGUCCACGGAAAGGCUUUGUGCUUUGUAGAAAAAUCAUACAGACCCCUUUCAAAAGUGGACUUAAAAAUAUACUCUGAGCAAUUCUGUGCAAACGAAACAUCCGAAAUAGAGAUCAAGUACAAGCUCCUGAAUGGGAAAAGUAUUCGAAACAACUUUGCCAGAUACAAAAAAAACUGUAUUUUUGACUAUUUAGAGCCAAUUGUCACGAAUUAUGUGGAAAUGUCCAAAUUAGCGUGUUUUACCCCAGAGCCGGCGUAUACAAACAUUUACGCGAAUAUAAUUGGAGACAGGAACUUUAUCGAGCGCAAGAGUGAGCUUUUGAAGGAUGAGAGUCUGAAAAAAUUCCUCUAUUUCGGGCGGCUGUCUUGCCUUUGGUCGGAAAAUUACUACUUAACACUAAGUAACCUGGUAUACCAUAGUUUUUAUCCAGAUUACAAUCGCCCCGAUUCAAUUAACACCAGGCGGAUUCAGCUUCUUGGAGGAAUUGCAUUCGUGUAUGACGCCGUGAAAUUUAACACAUUCAACACGAUAGAGCUGAUAAUUUCAAGGUACCAGCAGACUUUGAAGGCUUUUAAGAAUAAUGUGAUCCAAAAAGAACAUUUGCAAAAGCUGGCAGCAAUCCAGCUUAGAUCAGAUGCAUACUCUCUGAUCGACUCUUUAAUUCUUCUAGACUAUAUUUCCGAGAACAUAAGAACGAUAUCCAAAGAACACGUGGAUUACGUUAAAGAAUGCAGCAUUUCGGCUGCAGUGGCAGGUACCAGAGAAGUGAAUGCGCUUAACUUCUCCAUCAUGGACAGCCUAAACAACAGCACCUUCGGAAAAGACAAUAUAUUCACAAAGCAGACGUUUACAUGGGAAAGUUACAAGCGCAAUAACCCGAAUAUGAUCGAAGCAUUACAACAUGAGAUAGACAAAGCUUGGGAAUCUCCGAAAACGAGCAUGGAAGAAGACUUGGAGGCGCUGAGGGAUCUUCUGGAAGUGUUAAAAACACGUUUGGGAACAGACCAGACCUCCAUAUUGGUGAAAGGUAUAUCUCUGGAUAAGGUAGAUGCUGAUAAUGUGGAGAAUGUCAUGUUGAAUAUUCGUAGUAGGAUUUCAUCGCUGUAUAAUCUGUAUGGUUCCGCCUCUAAAGAAUUCGAAGAUAAGAUAAUGGAUUCCUGCAAAAACAAAACAUCUGACUGUUUACCGGAUGUGCAUGAGUACAAGUCGAUGCCAGAUGACCCAAUGAAAGGCAAGAUUGCGCUAGAAAAUCACAGGAGUGUCUACGAAGAAGCCCUGGCACACAAUGAUUCUUCCCCGAUACCUGCAAGCAAUCCCGGCACAUCAUAA